GUAAUUAGGAGAACGAUUUGUUAGUCUUCGAGUAGCAUAGGUUAAAAUACCAUGAACUGGUUCACGUUACAAACAUGCAAAGUGAGCGUCAGCUUUGACUAGUGUGUAGUGGCAUGAAGUGGUUAGUUGUAUCCCGUGUGCACUGAGUUGCUACGGUUAUUUCCUGAGAGCGGUCUUAGAGAUAAACGGAUUUCUCCAGUGGUGCAACCUCCUGGUUUGCUUUCUGCGGCUUCAUGGGACUGUCAAACUUUGUCCGGAGUGGUAUCAUGGGUUGUAGAUAUUGGAGGUAUUUCUCGUCAGUAUGCCGUUAUGUUGGACGAUAACUGAUGAUGGAUCAGCUAAUUCGUCGAUAUAUACUCACAGGUCAUAUUCAAUGCGAGUGUGAAUAAAAUUGAAUACUACAAUCUUUAUGACGGUCAUUUAAGCACUACUGAAUUAAUCGGUUGUGUUUUGUAGAGGGUUUUACGGACAUCCGUGUGGACGUGGAGCACCUGGUGGUCGGGGAGACCGAGGUGGAUCAGACAGGCCUUAUGGAAAUGGGUGAGUGUGGAUUGAUUUGCAUGAUUCCUCGCCACUGACGUUAUCCGUGUAACCGCCACCCUGUACGUGCAAAACUGAGAAGCUUAGAAGUAUUUCAGCGCAUACCUCGUCAAUGUCUUUCUGGUGUGAUUUCAAUUCCAGUUUGGAAGCAGUGUAACUAAGAUAUCCCAUAGGCCGAACGGCUUCAUCACAGAGUGGUCACUCGAAAAGCCAUCUGAACUUUGGUGCAUCAAGCUUAUUUGGCCGAAAUUGAGUUGUCUAGACACACUGAAUAGUCGGGCUGGACUUGUGGUGUGUUUCGGUGCUGGUCGUGCACGUUAACUACAGCUUGACAGUUCCUGAGAAUCUGUUUGGAACGAAGACUGAUGACAUGUGGCUAACAUGAAGGAUAAAGAGUGACUGAAUUGUCAUUAAUUUUUGUCCUGUGCAUUUAGCUACGAUGGUUGGCAGUUGUUAGCGAGAAGUAGUAAGUGUCUUUUGUGUUCGGAUACGUAUUAUGUAGUCCGCUGUCAUCUCCCAUGAUAUAUUGUCAGAUUGAUUUUUCAGUCAGCCUCCACAGAUUAGAGAGUAACACUUCGUAUUCGUGGUGUGCAUAACUACUAAGAUGUUGUUCUUCACCCUUCAGGUCACGCGUCAACAUUUCAGGACCGUUAAAGAAGCCUGCUGAAAGAGGUCAUUCAGCUUCGUCUGGUUCUGCAUGGAGUUCCAAUGCACCUUGUGAACGGGGUGAUAUUCCGUCGUCUUCGGAGGGCGAAAUUGCCUCGGAAGCUGCUCGCCAGAAAAAGAGCCAUCCAGUUCCAGAAGCUAUAUUUGACAUGUCUACGGGGAUUUCGAAACUAAACAUGCAGAAGAUACUCAGAAUGCCGAAUAGACCAGAUCAAGGAGGUACAAUUGGCAGGAAAGUCAAAGUCACUUCAAACUGUUGGGAUUUUUCUUUUCACCACAAAACGGUAUAUCUUUAUUUUGUGGAAGCGAACUCAGUUCACCGAUUGGAAGCUAGGGAGGGCAGUAAAACUGAGAUAAGAAUGCCACCUAAGGAGUUGAGAUCUUUAAUUCAGCAGGUAGCUGACUCUUUACCAGAUACGAUUAUAUAUGAUGGCGGUCAUGCCAUAUACUCUGAAGAUCCGUUACCUGGUGUCACAACGGACCCCGUAGAAAGAGAGAUUGAGAUCAAAGAGCCGUUUGGACGGGACCGCCUUCUUCUCAAGUACCGGAUUAUGGAAGUGCAGAAGGUAUCUACUUCCGACAUCAGUCAUUUCAUAACGAGUCCGAAAGCGACCUCAAUGAAUAUGCCUCAAGAUUGUAUCAGAUUAUUAGAUUGCAUCUUGAAAACAGUGUCAAAGCAGUCGUUUGUAUCCCUUGGACGCGCAGCCCUAUUUCAGGGGACACCAACUAAAGUGGUUGUGGAUAAGCUUCUCACUAUUCAUAAAGGUUUUAUAAGUACUGUGAGACCCCAGUGGAAGAUUCGUGUGAACUUGGACAUGACGUGCAAAGCCUACUUUGUAUCUGGGAAUCUAGCGGACGUCAUGUACUCGAAGUAUGGAGACGAUAUGGCCAGAUGUAGCACUCAAAUGGCGUACGACUUGAGAAAGAUACGAGUUGAGACUGAUAAAUUCUACAGGAGCGAUGAUGGACGUGCAUAUUCCCGACGCUUCACCGUGCACGGGAUAUCAUCACUACCAGCUGAUCGUUUGAUGAUUGAGGGGUUGAAUCAGUCCGUGGCUGCAUAUUUCAAGGAGCACCAUCAUAUCACUCUGAAGUAUCCAGAGCUGCCAUGUGUGAAGGUUGAUCAAAAGCGUGAAGUGUAUGUGCCGAUGGAACUGUUAAACAUUUUGCCAUAUCAAGCUCCUAAUGCGAGUAAAGCCGAUGUUGCGAGUGAAGUUAUCCGUUGUGCAGCAAUUCGACCACAUGAACGCUUCAGAGAGCUGGAAAAUUUUGCCAAUAAUAUGCUGCAGUCCCAUCCACUGAUUAAACAAUUUGGUUUAGCGAUUCAACCGAGGCCAGUGGAAGUUAACGCACGUGUUCUCCAACCUCCAACUGCUGGUUUUGGUCGUUCCGGUGUGCGACAACUGACGCCAGGUAGUUGGAUCACACCUGGCUUUCUUCGCCCUGCCGGCGAAGGAGUAGAAUUAAUGUGGGCUGUACUUAGCAUUCCGCCUAAUCAGCGGUCUCAUGGUCAUGUACAGAAGGUGAUAUCGGAAUUGCCUAGAGCGGCCAGUCGCUUUGGUGUUCGGUUUAGCCCUCGACCGAUUGUGGCACAGUGUCCGAGAGGAGAACUUAACAGGAGGUUCGAGGAGUUUUCCAGACAAGGAUGUUGCUUCUUACUUCUCAUCCUGUACGAUGAACAGUCCUACUCAUCCAUUAAACGUCUGAGUGACCUACAAAUGGGCAUUCGGACCCAAUGUGUACGAAGUCGUACUCUGGACAAACCGAACGUUUUCCCUAACCUGUUGCUCAAACUGAAUGGGAAACUCGGUGGUGUGAACUGGCAAAUUCCUGAUUUGAUUAAGGACAGUCAGGAGUUGGUUAUGGUUUUCGGAGCCGACGUCACUCAUCCGGCGCCUACACAAACUCAUGAAAUUCGGAAGUCAGUAGCUGCUGUUAUUGGUAGCAUUUCACCCGAUCUGAUGAGAUAUGGGGUAGUUAUCCGUCAACAGGCAACCACAGAAAAAGGCAAUAAGUCAGCCAGAGAAAUAAUCGAUAAUAUGCGUCUCAUUGUCAGUGAGCUACUCCAGCUUUACCUGCGAAACACGAACGGGCGUUUUCCAACGCGCAUGAUAUUCUAUCGUGAUGGAGUUUCGGAGGGCCAGUUCGAAAAUGUGUUGGUGGAGGAGUUGGGUGCAAUUCAAAGAGCCUGCGCAGAUAUUCGUCCUGGUGAAGAGCCUGCUAUCACUUAUAUUGUUGUGCAAAAGCGUCACCAUAUUCGAUUUCGACCAUCUGACCCCAGGGCAAGAAACGUGGAGCCAGGAACGGUGAUUGAUACAGAUAUCACACAUCCCAGGGAAUUCGAUUUCUACCUCUGCUCUCAGGAAGGGAUUCAGGUAAAUUGUUUCCUUGUGUUAAUACCAUUACUUUUAGGGUACAUCGAAACCUGCUCACUAUCACGUUUUGUAUGAUGAUAGUAACUGGACAUCGAAUGCUCUGCAGAUGUUCACCUACCACUUAUGCUACGGGUACAUGAGGUGUUCCCGUAGUGUCUCGUAUCCAGCGCCGACUUAUUAUUCUCAUUUGGCUGCAUUUCGGGCACGUGAGUGGUUAUCGGACAUAGAGAAACCAGAGAUUCUGUUAGAUGCUGGUCGUUUCAAAGUUCACAGCAGUCAAGUUGA